AUGUCGUGCUACCUACACCAGUGCCUCCCUCCAGUCUACCAGAACCCCGUCCCCAUCCAGUGCCCACCAACCUAUGCUGCCAGACAGCUGUCAGUGCCUACCUGGCACUCAGCGCUGUGCAGCCCACAGUAUGUGACCCCCUGCAUCCCCCGGCAGCGGAUCAUGUCCUCCAGCUUCUCCCAACAGCAGUGUGUGACCCAGUGCGUGCCACGGCAGCAAUACGCAACCCAGUGUGUGCCGCAGCAGCACUGCAUGCCGCAGCGCAUCCUCCAGCAGCCACGUGUCACCCGGUGUGUGACAACUUGCGUGCCACAGCAGCAGUGUGCGACUGAGGGGGUGUUGCAGCAGCCUUGUGUGACCAAGUGUGUGCCGCAGCAGCAGCGUGAGACCACCAGCGUGCCGCAGCAGCGUGUGACAGAGUGCAUCCCGCAGCAGCCGUGUGCGACCAGGUGCAUCACCACGUGUGUGCCACAGCAGCCGUACCUGACCAAGAGUGUCCCACAGCAGCAGUGUGCCACCAAGUGCAUCCCACAGCAGCGUGUGACCAUGUACUUCCCACAGCAGCAGUGCGCGACCAGGUGCAUCACCACAUGCGUCCCGCAGCAGCGUGCGACCAAGGGUGUCUCACACCGGUUUGUGACCUCUUGUGCCCCGCAGCAGUGUGCCACCAUGUAUGUCCCGCAGCAGUGUGCCACCAGGUGCGUGACCAAGUGUGUCCCACAGCAGUGUGCCACCCAGGGUGCUAGCAUUUGUAUCCCACAGCAGUGUUGUGUGACCAAGGGUGUCCCACAGCAGCAGUGUGCGACCAAAGGUGUCCCACAGCAGUGUCCCACCAAGUGUGUCCCACAGCAGUGUGUGACCAAGGGUGUCCCACAGCAGCAGUGUGCCACCAAGGGUGUCCCACAGCAGUGUAUGACCAAGGGUGUCCCACAGCAGCAGUGUGCCACCAAGUGUGUCCCACAGCAGUGUGUGACCAAGGGUGUCUCACAGCAGCAGUGUGCGACCAAAGGCGUCCCACAGCAGUGUGCCACCAAGUGUGUCCCACAGCAGCAGUGUGCCACCAAGUGUGUCCCACAGCAGUGUGUGACCGAGGGUGUCCCACAGCAGCAGUGUGCCACCAAGUGUGUCCCACAGCAAUGUGUGACCAAGGGUGUCCCACAGCAGCAGUGUGCCACCAAGUGUGUCCCACAGCAGUGUGCGACCAAAGGUGUCCCACAGCAGUGUGCCACCAAGUGUGUCCCACAGCAGUGUGUGACCGAGGGUGUCCCACAGCAGCAGUGUGCCACCAAGUGUGUCCCACAGCAAUGUGUGACCAAGGGUGUCCCACAGCAGCAGUGUGCCACCAAGUGUGUCCCACAGCAGUGUGUGACCAAAGGUGUCCCACAGCAGUGUGCCACCAAGUGUGUCCCACAGCAGUGUGUGACCAAGGGUGUCCCACAGCAGCAGUGUGCCACCAAGUGUGUCCCACAGCAGUGUGUGACCAAAGGUGUCCCACAGCAGUGUGUGACCAAAGGUGUCCCACAGCAGCAGUGUGCCACCAAGUGUGUCCCACAGCAAAGUCAGUCGGGUGGAGUAAAAAUUUCAAGUCACUCUAAGAAGUACUGCUCUGCGUCCAAAUGGCCCUGGUAA